ACAAAGAUCCAGUAUGGACCACACAUGGGUGAAACUGUUGCCUGUGGAAUUUAUCCCGGAAAUAAUGAGCUAUCAAGAGCCAAUGGACAUUGAAGAGGAAGACCACAAACUUUCCAUUAAAGAACUGGUAAAAAAGUAUGAAACUAACCUUGUAAACGGUCUGACUAGUGCAAGAGCAGCCGAGAUCCUGACUCGGGAUGGUCCCAAUGCGCUCACACCUCCCAAACAGAUACCUGAAAUAGUCAAAUUUUUGAAGCAAAUGAUUGGUGGAUUCUCCCUUCUGCUUUGGGUUGGAGCUAUACUCUGCUGGAUUGCUUAUGCCAUUCAAAUAGGAGAAGGCAAUCACGCAGCCAAAGACAAUUUAUAUUUAGGUGUUGUUCUGGCUGGAGUUGUCAUACUUACUGGCUGUUUUGCCUAUUACCAAGAAGCAAAGAGCACCAAUAUCAUGGCCAGCUUUCACAGGAUGGUUCCCCAGCAAGCCCUUGUGAUUCGAGAUGGUGAGAAGCAAGUGAUUACAGCAGAUAAACUGGUUGUUGGUGACAUUGUGUUGAUUAAAGCUGGUGACCAAAUUCCAGCAGAUCUCCGCUUGCUCUCUGCCCAGGGUUGCAAGGUGGAUAACUCCAGUUUGACUGGUGAGUCCGAAGCACAAUCUCGUUCCACUGAAUUUACACAUGAGAAUCUACUCGAAACAAAGAAUAUUGCGUUCUACUCCACCACUUGCCUUGAAGGCACAGCAACUGGCAUGGUGAUCAGCACUGGUGAUCAAACUAUGAUUGGAGCAAUUGCAUCUCUUGCAUCGGAAGUACAUAAUGUGAAGACACCUAUCGCCAUUGAAAUUGAACACUUUGUCCAUGUUGUUAUGGGAAUGGCUGUAACUGUGGGAUUGGUGUUUUUCGUCCUUGCGCUGAGUCUGGGGUACAAAUUACUUGAUUCCAUCAUCUUCUUGAUUGGCAUCAUUGUUGCUAAUGUGCCUGAAGGCCUCCUGGCCACCGUCACUGUUAGUCUCACACUGACAGCCAAAAGAAUGGCUAAAAAGAACUGCUUGGUAAAGAACCUGGAGGCUGUUGAGACUCUGGGAUCCACAUCUGUUAUCUGCUCUGAUAAAACAGGGACACUUACGCAGAAUCGCAUGACUGUAGCACAUCUUUGGUUUGAUAAUCAAAAUCAUGCAGCAGAUACCAGUGAAGAACAGUCAGUUCAGAGCUUCGACCAAACAUCACAAACAUGGGCAGUUCUGGCCAAGAUUAUUGCACUCUGUAGUCGAGCAGAAUUCAAACCAGGGCAGGAGGAUGUUCCAAUUAUGAAGCGAGAAAUAGUUGGAGAUGCCUCUGAAAGUGCCCUUUUGAAGUUCUCUGAAACAGUAUUUGGCAAUGUGAUGGAAUUCAGAGAGGAGAAUACCAAAAUAUUUGAAAUACCAUUCAACUCGACAAACAAAUUUCAGCUAUCCAUUCAUAGGACCAACAAUCCAUAUGAUAAACGUCUCCUCUUAGUGAUGAAGGGAGCACCAGAGCGUAUCUUGGAGUCUUGUUCUACUGUAAUGUUCCAGGGCAGAGAAGUUCCACUGGAAGAUCGUGAGAUAGAAGUCAUUCAGACAGCUUAUCACGAAUUUGGUGGGUUGGGUGAGAGAGUUCUAGGAUUUUGUCAUCAAUAUUUGCCAAAAGACAAAUAUCCAGAUUUGUACAUAUUUGAUGCAGAUAGCAGAAAUUUCCCAAUUUCCAACCUAUGCUUUGUUGGUCUUCUGUCCUUGAUCGAUCCACCCCGCUCGAGUGUGCCAGAUGCAGUUCUAAAAUGCAGAAGUGCAGGAAUCAAAGUCAUUAUGGUCUCUGGUGACCACCCAAUCACAGCAACAGCUAUAGCAAAGAGUACUGGCAUUAUCUCAGCAGGUAGUGAGACAGUGGAAGACAUUGCAAAGCGUCUUAAUGUUUCUGUCAACCAAGUGAAUAAAAGUGACGCCAAAGCUGCUGUCAUAAAUGGUUCGAAUUUCCAAGACAUGGACCCUGAGUUCCUGGAUGACAUUUUGAGGAACCACACUGAAAUUGUAUUUGCCAGGACAUCACCUCAGCAGAAAUUAUAUAUCGUAGAAGCCUGCCAAAGACAGGGAUCCAUUGUGGCAGUUACUGGAGAUGGUGUUAAUGACUCGCCAGCUUUGAAAAAAGCUGACAUUGGAAUAGCUAUGGGGAUUGUGGGGUCAGAUGCAGCCAAAAAUUCAGCAGACAUGAUUCUACUGGAUGAUAACUUUGCCUCAAUAGUCACUGGAGUGGAAGAAGGUCGUCUGAUUUUUGACAAUUUGAAGAAGGCCAUUGCCUACACCCUGACCAAGAACAUGGCUGAACUGUGUCCAUUCAUUGUGUACGUCGUUGCCAGUAUACCACUUCCCAUUGGGACUAUUACCAUCCUCCUCAUUGACCUGGGUACAGAUGUUAUCCCGUCUAUUUCAUUGGCAUACGAGAAAGCUGAAAGAGAUAUUAUGAAUGUCCAACCCCGAAACCCCAGCAAAGAUCGAUUGGUAAACUUGCAGCUUGCAGCAUAUUCCUAUCUGCAAAUUGGAGUGACGCAAUCCAUUGGAGGGUUUCUUUGUUAUUUUACUGUCUUGGCAGACCAAGGCUGGCUUCCUUCAAGGAUUCUUGGCAUACGUUUAGCAUGGGAAGACUCCACUAAUAAUGAUGUUGAAGAUAGCUAUGGACAAGAAUGGACCUACCAACAGAGGCUGCACAUGGAAUGGACCUGCUACACAGCUUUCUUCGUUGGAAUUGUCAUUGAACAGCUCGCUGAUUUAAUCAUUCGUAAAACCAGACGGAAUUCUAUUUUCCAGCAGGGUAUAUUCAGAAAUAAAGUGCUCUGGAUAGGUCUUCUCUCCCAGGUUGGCAUUGCUGUUGUGCUUUGUUAUGUUCCUGGGAUGCAAAACAGCCUUCACUUCACCUUUCUCAGGGUUCAGUACUGGUUUGUAGCUGUUCCUUUUGCAAUUCUAAUAUUUGUAUAUGAUGAAAUCCGUAAAUUCUUCAUUCGCAAAUACCCUGGAAGUUGGUGGGACAAAAACAUGUAUUAUUGACAGCCAUCUUGUGAAACUAUAUGUGACCCCUUCACUACUGGACUGAAGAAGAUUAAGGCUGGCCAGCAGCAGCAAGCAUGCAGGAGGGAAGAAUCAUUUCUUUGUUCUGUGUUAAAACCGCAUUAGAAUUUCCUCUUCUUCAUAGUUUGCUUCUAUAUAACUAAAGUUGGGGAGCAGUAAUUUUGAAAUUGGAGAGAUUUCAGUUGCUGGUCACUUCACUAUACUAGUUCUCUAGAAGCAAGUUUUGGCCCAGUAUUUAAAAAUUUCAAUUAUAUAAUUAUAUCCCAGCCCCUUGCAGUUUACACAAAUAAAUUUCUAAAUAAAUAAUGUCACUGUUUGUAUCAGCACCUUAUUAAAUCAAUAGAAGAUGAAAGUUUUUAAUGUAUAGUGUAAGCUUAAAGUGAAAAUAAA